ACACACACACACACACACACACACACACACAUGCACACACACCUUGUUUGUCUUGUAAAAGACCUUUGGCGUGUAGAUUAUUGACUUUGUAGCCUCUGCAGGGUAGCCAUGUUUGAAGUCCUAGAGCACUUAAGUGUAGUAAUAAUUCAUUGUCAUAAUAUUACUGAGCGUAAUAAGAUUUGCAGUUUGAGUGUACGUCAUAAUGCUACUUUUUAAAACCUAAUUCUUCGGGUGUAGUAUUUUAUGGACCGUAACUUUUAGACUGUAAUUGCUUUAACCCUUAUACUAAAGUGUAUAGUGCUCUAGCAAAGAAUACAAUUGAUUGAGCAGUUCAAUUAUAGUGCUCUGUAGGUUGAGUCCAGUCCAGUGUCUGAGAAAAGUACUUGGAGUAUAGCUUUUGGUACAUAGUGCAGUCCUUUUUAAUGUCACCGCUUCAGAGGAGUUUUUUUUAAGUGUAGUGAUUUUAGUUUUGUACCCUGGUGUGGUCCUUCGCUUUUAGUUCUUUGAGCACAGUAUACACCGUCUUUGUCUCAUGGUUAUUGGUCAUAUUUUCUACUAUGAAGCAGCUCGGGGUCUGAGAGCCUUUUCCAGUAUCUAACCAGAGGAGGCGAGAGGAUGGGGAUUUCAUCACAUUUUUAAGGAAGAUUACCUUUGCAGCUUUGUGGUUUUCGUGGAAAGCCUUAAGAACCUGCUAUCAGGAGGUUUUCGCUGCUCUUCGUGGAAUUCUUUUAAUAUCCAAGAAUUCUUUGGGGAAUAUGUGGGCUACUUAAAAAGGAACGUUUGGAGUUCUCCGUUGGGAUUGCUUGGACGACACAGGCAGUAUUCAGGAUUAAAGUGAUUUAUAAGGACUUUUCUUUCCAAAAAUACGGCAAAUUUAGCAAGAACUACCAAGAAUUACAUGAGUUUUAGCUUAUCGCACCAAAAUGUGACAAGGGUUAGGGUAAGACGAGAAGGAAUUCAACAAAUUGUCUGUCAUGGAUUCUGACCUGGGAGCAGACACUCAUCUGGGACACGGGGUUGGACUCGAGGCCUGUGGCGGUGCUCGUGAACAAAAAAAAGGGAAGAGCCAGAAAGAGAAGAAGAGGGGUCACUAAAUGUAAAAGGAGGGGAUGGAGAAUUCAGCUCUGCAUCCUCUUCCUCCAAUUCCUCUCUUCCCUCCUCCUCCACCCUCCCUACGUGCUUCUCCUCGUCCCACCCAGUUUACGUGGAAGAAGAGAAGGAGAUGCUGACCGGCUGCUCCAAGUCUUUCACUGGACUCAAGCUCUUCACCAGGAGGAAAGCAAUAGCUAAGUCCGGCCUGCACCAUCUUCCCUGUCAGCCCAGUACGUCAUCCCUGAACAGGACUGACCCAGAAGCAAAUAUCCGCAGUACUUUGGACUGGAGUGAUUCGGCUCUGUAUGGAGAUCAUAUCUGGUUUGAGACAAAUGUGUCUGGAGACUACUGUUAUGUGGGAGAACAACACUGUAUUGCCAAAGCACUGCAAAAGUCUGUUAGUCGAAGGAAGUGUGCUGCCUGUAAGAUAGUCGCCCACACCAUCUGUAUAGAACAACUGGAGAAGUUUCCCAGCUCUAGAGCCAUUCUGUUGGAUGCCACCCUGCCCCUCAAUGACCCCAACUUUAGAAUUAAUUUCAGGUGUAAACCGUCUUUCAGAGAAUCAAGCUCUAGGAACAUCCGAGAGCCCAUUGUGGUGCGUCAUCACUGGGUGCAUCGGAGACGGCAAGAAGGCAAAUGUAAACAAUGUGGGAAGGGUUUCCAGCAGAAGUUUGCUUUCCACAGUAAAGAGAUUGUAGCCAUCAGUUGCUCCUGGUGCAAACAGGCUUACCACAACAAGGUGUCCUGCUUCAUGCUCCAGCAAAUUGAGGAGCCUUGUCCAAUAGGAGCUCAUGCUGCCCUUAUUGUUCCACCUACAUGGAUCAUUCGAGUUCGACGCAAUCAGUCAUCUAUGAAGUCAAGUAAGAAGAAGAAGAGAGCAUCAUUCAAGCGGAAAAGCAGCAAAAAAGGAGCAGAGGAAGGACGACAGUGGAAGCCGUUUUUAAUCAGACCCAUCCCUUCGCCACUGAUGAAACCGCUGCUGGUGUUUGUCAACCCCAAGAGUGGAGGAAACCAGGGCAAUAAGAUCCUGCAGUCCUUUAUGUGGUAUCUGAAUCCCAGACAGGUAUUUGACCUGAGCCAAGGUGGACCAUACGAGGGCCUGGAGCUGUAUCGUAAAGUCCAUAACCUGAGUAUCCUGGCCUGUGGAGGAGAUGGCACCGUGGGCUGGAUCCUGUCUUGUCUUGAUGAACUGGGAUUAAAUCCUCAACCUCCUGUUGCCGUGUUACCACUAGGGACAGGAAAUGACCUCGCCAGGACCCUCAACUGGGGAGGGGGCUAUACAGAUGAACCUCUGUCUAAGAUCCUGUCCCAUGUUGAGGAUGGAACUGUUGUCCAGCUAGACAGAUGGAAUCUACAGGUUGAACCAAACCACAGUGCAGGGGCUGAACCGGACGAACAGCAGACUGAUAAGCUCCCUCUAGAUGUUUUCAACAAUUACUUCAGUCUUGGAUUUGACGCCCACGUGACUCUAGAGUUUCACGAGUCUAGAGAGGCCAACCCAGAGAAGUUUAAUAGUCGUUUUCGGAACAAGAUGUUCUACGCUGGGACAGCAUUCUCAGAUUUCCUGAUGAGAAGCUCCAAAGACCUGUCCAAGCACAUCAAAGUGGUGUGUGAUGGGACUGAUUUAACAUCGAAGGUUCAGGACUUGAAGCUGCAGUGUCUGGUCUUCCUCAACAUCCCCAGAUACUGUGCAGGCACUACACCUUGGGGAAACCCUGGUGAACAUCACGACUUUGAACCUCAACGCCAUGAUGAUGGAUACAUCGAGGUCAUUGGAUUCACUAUGACUUCACUGGCUACUCUUCAGGUUGGAGGUCAUGGCGAGAGGUUGAACCAGUGCAGAGAAGUCACCCUCACCACUACAAAACCUCUCCCAGUACAGGUGGAUGGUGAACCGUGCAGACUCGCUCCCUCUGUCAUCCACAUCAGCCUGAGAAACCAGGCAAACAUGGUUCAGAAAACCAAACGACGGACCUCACUACCACACCUUAACGAUCAACAGCCAGUCCCAGAAAGGCUGAGGAUCAGAGUCAGCAGGAUCAGUAUGAAUGACUACGAGGCUCUGCACUAUGACAAGGACAAACUACGACAAGCAUCCAUUCCUCUGGGACUAAUCGUGGUUUCUGGUGACAGCGACUUAGAAACCUGCAGAGAACACAUCCAGCGUUUGCAGGAGGAGGAGGCAGCCAAGCCAAAAGGUCUUUCUUCACAAAGAUUAUCUCCAAAGUGGUGUUUUCUUGACUCUACAACAGCAGAUCGUUUCUACAGGAUUGACAGAGCACAGGAACAUCUUAACUACGUGUCGGAAAUCUCCCAAGAAGAGAUCUUCAUCCUGGACCCUGAGCUGGUUGUUAUGACGACUGUAGGCACCUCUCCCUCAGCCAUGCCUGACCUGGUGAACCCCGUCUCCAGCCUGGUAAACAGUAGUUCUUCCCAAAGGCAGCGAGUGAACAGUGACAGCUCUGCCAGUGAAGCUUUAACACACAACCCCACACCUGUGGCCAGCAAACUCAGCAGGGCAGGUUGCAUCCAUCGUUCCAACACCACUGCAGCUGAUUUUAAACCGAGACUGAGACAGGAAAAGUGCCAAAAGACAAGUGAAACGGAGAGGGAGCGAGAACAAGAACUGUUGAUCGAGUGUGUGAAGAACAAAGACAGGAAGAAGCUGCAGGAGCUACACCUGAAGGGGGCAGACCUCACAGCGCUGGACUCAUCGGGCUGCAGUUUGCUGUACCAUGCUGUCGGUACAGGAAGCAAAGAGAUGGUCCGUUAUAUCCUUGACAAUGCUCCAAGUGACCUGCUCGAUGUCACAGAAAAACUACAUGGGGAGACGGUUCUUCAUCUAGCUGCAUCUCUGUGCCACAGGACUAUCUGUCAUUAUCUGGUAGAAGCAGGAGCCUCACUGAUGAAAACAGACCUCCAGGGUGAGACUCCUAAGAACAGGGCUGAGAAGGCUAAGGACUCUGAACUGGCGGCCUAUCUGGAGAACAGACAGCACUACCAGAUGAUACAGAGAGAGGACCAGGAAACGGCUGUCUGAAACUGUCGAACUCUUUGUGAGAAGGACGUGGAUGAAGACACUGCUGUCUUCUUCCUCCUCCUCGUGAGACUGUACAGCAGCUCAGUGAGGCCUGUGUGACAGAUUUGACUGGUACACACGUUCCAAUAUGUGCUUGCAAGGAAUGACUCAGAGUCAGCAGAUUGCAGACAGAGUGAAGCUGUGUCGAAUCUGAUCGCAACAUGCAUUUAGUAAUUAUUAUGGCAGUGGCUAUAAUGAUGGAACAAUGAGGGUAAUGAUAGUUACACUGGGGCUUGAAGCUUAUGUUGAUGAGGGUGAAGAAAAACAGUAAAAUUAUGAGAUGUACAGUACAAAAAAAAUCAUUCUAUUUGUAUUUUGAGUAGCUCAGUAAUAAAACGUGUUUGUGAAGUCAAGAGAAUAGAAACCGCGUUAAGAUGAUCAGAAUCUUGUUUCUGACUUUGAAUAGUAAUUUGGGGGAGUCCAUUUGGACAGCCGUGUUCUUAAAACUCUUUUAUAUCAAACAAAUUCAAAGGACUCUAACCUAAAAUUGAUAAAUCAGGAAAACGUAUUUGUGAUAAUGCAAUGUUUUGCAGGACCAGAUUGUCUCUCUUGGUGUCAGGAAGUAAAUUGAGUUUGCAGAUUCUAAUGCCAAUAUCAUGGUUUAAAAACUCAGGAAAUGUAGUUUAUUUCAUACAACCAUGGAUAGACAAUCUAACAAGACUUAAACCGCAAAGCCCAGUUAAAGUGGCUACCUUUUAGAGGCUGCAAAGUGCAUUGCACCGACAUCUAAGAUGUUAAGAUUUUGUUUGGGUGAGAUUAUGAAAUAUCUUGUGUGCAGUGUUGACAUUUUGGCCUGAACAGUGUUCAUUGAACACCCAACGAGGAAAACCUCUGGGGAGAAAUUUCGUCUCAGCGGUGAAAGAAACAAAUAGAAAGGUCAGGCGGGUCAAACCCAUUGUGGACCCUGGAUAUCCACAGCUAAAUUUCAUCAAAUUCAGACCGUUAGCUUUUGUGUGUUUUAAAUAUUUGGGGGAUUGUGAAAUCAUAAGGAUUUAUGACUAUCAAUAUCAGGUUUAAUGGCAAUCUACUGUAGUAGUUGUCAAAAGAUCUUGUUUGGACCAAAGUGCUAGACUGACCAACCAAGCUACUGAUCAUCCCUCAGCCCCGACCAAUGACACCCUUGGUUAUUAAUUGGAAUGAAGCUCUGUUAUUAUUUUACUGUGCAUACAUGCCAUCAUCCAUUACAUUGUGAACCUGCUUUGGUUGGUCUUACCUCACCCAUACGACUUUAUCAAUAUAUUGUACAGACUGUAUUUUGUUGACUUAUAUCAACCGAUUCUUGAGAUAAUUAUUAUUUAUAUGUGGAAAAAUAAUCAAAAGUGAUGUUUCUCUGGUGCCUGUGCUUAAGGAUUGGAUGUCUGAGGUGAAUUCAUGGGCUAAGAUGAUUUUACACCCCAUUCUAAAUUCGCCAACGUGUUCUUUUUCGUGUUUCUUUUUGUGACUGAGGGUCACUACAGGGGGUUUCUAC